AUGGAAAAGGGGAAAAAAACUGAAAGGGCUAAGCUGGAUUACAAUCAAAUUAGCAGGCUAGCUGGUAAUUACCUGUCUGGAGCCUACCUGUUCCACCAGAAGAGGAGCCUUGCCGCUGUGAAGAAGAGGUACUUCAAGCAGCACGGAGGCCUCUUGCUGUUGGAGGAAAUGAAAUCAAAACAGGGGAUUUCCUUCACUUUGUUCACCAAAGCAGAGCUUGAAGAGGCAACUGAUAAUUUCAACGAGCGAAAUGUGCUGGGCAAGGGAGGGAAUGGCACCAGAGGGAAUGGCACCGUGUACAGAGGAACUCUAAAAGAUAACAGAUCGGCAGCGAUAAAGAAGUGCAAGAUGAUCAGCGAGAGGCAGGAGAAGGAGUUCGGGAAGGAGAUGCUCAUCCUGUCCCAGAUCAACCACAGGAACGUCGUCAAGUUCUAUGGCUGCUGCCUUGAGGUGGAGGUGCCCAUGCUCGUCUACGAGUUCAUCCCCAACGGCACCCUGUACCAGCUCAUCCAUGGCCGGCAUCACCACGGGCCGCGCGUCUCCUUCGCGACGCGCCUGAAGAUCGCGCACGAGGCCGCGGAAGCACUCGCCUACCUGCACUCCUGGGCCUCGCCGCCGAUCAUCCACGGCGACGUGAAAUCGGCAAACAUACUCAUCGACGACAACUACACCGUCAGAGUCUCAGAUUUUGGAGCCUCGACUUUGGCUCCGACGGACGAGGCCCAGUUUGUGACAUUUGUCCAGGGGACCUACGGCUACCUGGACCCAGAGUACAUGCAGACCUCCAAGCUGACGAGCAAGAGCGACGUGUACAGCUUCGGCGUCGUCAUCCUGGAGCUGCUGACGUGCAGGAAGGCGACGAACCUUCAGGCAAUCGAUGAGGAAAUAAACCUCUCGGCACAUUUCCUCCUGGCCAUGAGCGAGAACAGGCUUGGCGAGAUACUGGACGAACAGAUCAAAGGCGAAGAGAGCAUCGAGCUGAUCGAGCAGGUGGCCGAGCUGGCGAGGCGAUGCUUGGAGAUAGCUAGCGAGCAGAGACCGCCGAUGCGGGAGGUUGCAGAUGAGCUUGAGAGGUUUAGGAACCUGUCGCAGCAUCCAUGGGGGCAGGAGACUUCCGACGAGGGAGCUAUGCUCGUUGGAUCACCAAACGCUUGCUUCGAAAUCGAGCUUAGCAACGGGUAUGUCAGCAUGACUGAUUCAGCAUACUUGGGAAUUCAGUCUCCACGAUAA